CACCUCCUCGGCCUCCGCGGCCUCCUCACCCUCCUCACAACCCUCACCUUCUUCCUCACCACCUUCGUCCCCUCCGCCGUCAAGACCGCCGACCCGUCCGCCCAAACCCCCGGGCCCCUGUACGCCACCAUCCUCCGCAAGACCCUCGGCCCCCUCUUCUGGAACCAGUUCCUCCUCUACUCCUUCUUCAUCUUCCUGUCUGCCCGCUCCGUCUGCAUUCCCUUUCUGCAUUCCCACGCCCGGCUGGAUUUCGCGCGGGUUGUGUUUCAGCGCGGGGUGAGGCUGUGGACUCCUACGGCGGUGGCACUACUGUGUGCGUGGGGCGCAAUGAGCAAGUGGGGGCAUGUCGUCGAGCGGUUCAGGCAGCGCACGGGAAACAGCAACAUGCAGCCGCUGUUCCACAUCAAGGACACAGGCGUGUUCUUCAACGCGCUGUUCAACGUCUUCUGGGUCAACAAGGCGUUCUUCAAUCAGGCUGCUAGCACCGCGUUUCCCGGCCAGAUGCUGUGGAUGGUCUCGGUCAUAUACCAGCAGUCCUACACAGUCUACAUGACCAUGCUAAUAACCCCCUACACGCUCCCGACCUGGCGCAUCAAAUCCCUAACCGCCCUCACCCUAGCCGCCUACUGGGUCCAGUCCUGGGCCUGGUACUCCAUAACCGCCCUCCUCCUCUCCGACACCCUCAUCAACACCUCCCUCGCCACCCACCUCCGCCGGCCCAUCACGCUCAAGCUCGGCACGCGCAGACUCGGCUACUGGGCCCUCGGCCUGCCCACAUGGCCGCUCUUCGUCCUUGUGAUGCUGACGGGCGCCAUCCUCUCGUACGUCUACGCCGCGUAUCGCCCCGGGUGGACGAACAGGGAGCUUGUCGCGCACGCCGGGAUGUAUUAUUCUGGGGGUUUGAAUACGCGGCCGGAUGUGCGGGAGCCGCAGGCGCGGGUGGAUAAUUAUCUUGUUGUUGUGGGGUUUUUUGGAUUGCUUGAGUCGUGUAGGGCGGUGCGGUGGUUUUGUCGGCUGCCGCUGUUUGUCUUUCUGGGGCGUCGGUCGCUUAGCUACUUCCUCACCACGCCCAUCGUGCUCUACACCGCGGGCAUCGGCCUGUUCGACGCGCUGCACUUUUACAACGAGAUGGGCAGAGAGGCUGCCGUGGCGGUUGUGGCUGUCAUCAUGGCUCCGGCUGUUGUCGCGGCGGCGGAGGUGUUUUACUGGGUUGUCGACCGGCCGAGUAUUGCGUUUGCGCGCUGGGCGUGGGCGUUUGCGACG